CAUGUAACGUUGACGUGUAGUUUAUUGGUGGUCAGAAAAGUCUCAUUUGCUUCAUCUUACAUCCUGGUACGAACUUUACGGCAAAUAUAUUGAUAAACUGUACAUGUUAGCGUCAGUCCUCUUGAGGAUAACGUAGUGCGAUGGCGGGUGAAAUAUCUAUGAUCGGUUCCGUAAUACUGGCGCUGUUUCUGGCUGGUUACUUGGGCCAGCAGUACUUACCACCUCCUAAACCCAAAGUGAUCGGCUUGGACCUGGGUACUACCUUCUGCUCCGUAGGCGUUUUUCACCCGGGCAGUGGAGAGGUGGAGGUGAUCGCGGAUGAAGAGGGCAGAAAGAGCAUCCCCAGCGCGGUCUCCUUCACGACCACCGCGGUGCUGGCGGGACACGAGGCUGUAGACCUGGCAGACAGCAACCCACAAAACACGAUAUACGACGCGAAGAGGUUUAUAGGGAAAAUAUUUGAGUCUGAAGUCUUGGAGAGGGAAAGCGCCCGGUAUCCUUUUAAGGUGAUAAAUAACAAUGGCAGUGCUGAGUUCGAGAUCUCCACUAACCACACGUUCACUGUGAGCCCGGAGUUCAUCGGCUCGAGGCUGCUGCUCAAGAUGAAGAAGAUGGCAGAGCGACAGUUGGGUGUCCCCAUCCAGAAAGCAGUUAUAUCUGUACCUGCGGAGUUUGAUGAACGCCAGAGGAAUUACACCAUCAGAGCUGCUAACCUCGCUGGUUUGGAGAUCUUGCGAGUAAUAAAUGAACCAACUGCAGCUGCCAUGGCGUACGGUCUGCAUAAGGUGGAUGUAUUCAAUGUUUUGGUGGUGGACCUGGGGGGUGGGACUCUAGACGUGUCUCUGCUCAACAAACAGGGGGGCAUGUUCCUCACCAGAGCCAUGGCCGGAAACAACAAACUGGGAGGUCAGGACUUCAGCCAACGCCUGCUUCAGUUUACAAAAGACCGUGUUACACAAGAGUUUGGUGUCACCCCUGCCCUUAAAGAAGAUAUUCACCAUCUGCGCCAGGCUGUGGAAGCUGCUAAACUCAACCUCACUGUCUUUCCAACAACUACUAUCAGUGUACCACUUCACCUUCAAAUCCAGGCUAGCUCUGCCCCUCCUAAAAAGGUUGUGUUUAAUGCCGAAAUAACUCGCAGACAAUUUGAAGAGCUCAACGAGGACCUUUUCCAGAAAAUCUUAACUCCCAUUGAGACUGUUUUAGCUGAAGGACAUUUGGAAAAAGAGGAAGUAGAUGAGAUUGUCCUGGUUGGAGGUUCGACCAGGAUACCGCGCAUCAGGAAAAUUAUUACAAAGUUUUUUGGGAAGGAACCCAAUACAUCGGUAGACCCAGACUUGGCUGUGGUCACUGGUGUAGCCAUUCAAGCAGGGAUAAUGGGUGGAUCCUGGCCUUUACAAGUGAGUGCUUUAGAGAUCCCUAAUAGACACUUACGCAAAACGAACUUGAACUGAUUGAUUUUUAUUAUUCAGAACUUGCAUUCAAUACUGUUAAUGCUUCUCUAAUAUUUAAUACUGGAGCCCCAUUUGCACAGCAUCACCAGGAUCCUCUGGAUUUCUGAAGAAAGGGAAGUUAUUAAGCUCAAUACUGCCAGGGGUAUAAUGUCUAAUGUGAAAGAGAAAUAUAGUUGUUUAUCUGGAAGACCAACCAACCAACCACCUUUUUAAAGAAACAAGUACAUCUAUAUGUAUUUAUUUUAUUAAUUUAUUUUGUUUACCAUAUGAUUGUGAGAGCGAAUGUGCCUUUUUCAAAAGAGAGCUACUUUUACAUGUCCAAUUAAGCCAAAAUUAUUCAUACUGUAAUGUAAAAAAUUAGCUUUUGUCUAUUAUAAACACAUGACAAAGUGGUUAGUGUCAAUUAUUUUAAUAUUUAAUAACAAGCUUUUUUGUGUGGACACACAUUUGUGAAUUUUGGACCAUUUUUUUUUACUUUUUUGCAUUUCCUUGACAGUCAACUACUGUUCAUGCAGAGAGGCUGUAAUGGCCAUUAUUUUUCAUUUCCAGUGCAAUAUGAAAUAGAAAAAAUAGUGUCAAAUGAGAUCCUUAUUGAAAAGUCGGUACUUUAGAAUUUAUGCUACCAGUCUGGACACAACCUCAAAUGUAUGAAGUCUGUAUAAAAAAUGAAAAAAAUUGUAAAAAUAAAGAAAGAAAAAACAUUGAAUGAAAAGAUAUGUCCAAACCUUUGACUGGUAGUGUACAUUUUCCAAUAGAGACUGAAGAGGAGAGAGUUGCACUUUGAGGACUUCCAUCUGUUGACCGGCUCAACCUCAUUGUUACUUUAGUUUUUCCAUCAAAGCUUUGUGCUUGUCCUGCUGUAGAUGGGCAGGUCAACUGUGGUUGUCCAACUGCAGGACCAAAGGCUUAUAGUGCCUUGUGUGUUUUUUACAAAUGUAUGAACUGCUAUUUUUUUGCAUACACUUUGUCUGGUUUGUCAAAUACAGAUUAAUGAAAUAUGAAGUAUACUGUACUGUUAGCAAAUGUAAAUUUAAAUUGAGCAGUUUAUUUAGUUUGUUAAAAAUACUUGCUAUUUUUAUUUUACUUGCUAUGUAAUUUCUUUAAACCUUGGAAUUAAAAAGCUUUGAUAUAACUGAA